AUAACCGUCUUCUCUCUCUAAACAUAAAGGCGGGAAAACGAUUCCCUCUCUCUCGUCGACGAUCACUUCACUCUGCCAACACCGCCAUACCUCACCCUCAAAGCGCUCUCUCUUUCCCUUCUUCUUCGUUCUCAUCGGUGCUCUGAAAAUUCACAUUCUGAAUCUGCAACUAGCUAAGAUUUCUUCUCUGCAGUUUGAAUCUCCUCGCAGAAAAUGGAGACAAUCAGGCCAGCGUGGGCUGUCAAGGCUAUCUUCGUGAUCGUUUUCACUUCUGCUCUGUUCCGAUGCGUCUGCGGCGUCAACAUCACCGUCGGUGGAGCUUCCGGCUGGGAUGUUCGAUCCAACGUUCAGGCCUGGGCUUCCACCACCACAUUCAAUGUCGGCGAUGAUCUCGUGUUUUCAUACACGCCGGUGAACGAUGUGGUGGAGGUGAACCAACAAGGUUACGCCACGUGUACGAUCGCAAACGCCAUCGGCACGUACGACACCGGAGAGACGGUGAUCCCCCUCACCGGACCCGGAACCCGCUACUUUGUCUGUGGCCGACUGGGCCAUUGCCAGCAAGGGCUCAAAAUCGAGGUCCCAGUUCAGGCCCAGCCCAAUAACAACGCUACCAACGCUAACAAUAACAACGGAACCAGUGCCGAUCCAAACCGUCGCGGCGGAAGACGCUCUCCUCCUCGACGUUCUCCUCCGAUGAUCCGCCCUCCUCCGCGCCUUUCUCCUCCGCGCCGGUCUCCUCCUUCUCCCGGGGCUUUUCCACCUGCGCCCGGGCCUUGCAAUUGUUCCAGUGCUGAGGAGAGCCAUCAUGUGCUGUUGAUGGUGCCAUUGAUUACCAUCGUAAUCACCCUCAUACUCCUUUCUUCUCCGCCUAUUCGCAUCUAGCUGGUCAUUCUUACCACGUCACACUGGAAAUUUAACCCAUGUUUCUUUCUUGCAUUUCGUUAUAUGAAUAUUGCAUUGUGUGAUUUUGGGUUUGUUUGUUCAUUGUUCUGUUGGUGUAUGUGGAAUUGUUCUGUUUCCUUCUUGGAAUAACUCAGCUCACGGUACUCUAUUCCUCAGGCAUGUAUGAAUGUUUGAUUCUGUGAUUUGGGAUUGUUUGCC